AUGUCAACCCGGCGGGCUGGACGCGGCCUCAAGGUCGCACACCCGGCUGCACCGACAUCAAAUCGCUUAUUGAGCACGCAGACGUUUACGCUCAUCGCAAGCUGGAAAGGACAGCUAGUCAUUUGCACCGUUGUGCUAGUCGUCGGAGCCAUCUACUUUGUUGUUCGAGAGCCUAUUCGUGAAUGGAGAGAACGGCAACGGGAACGAAUGUCUCGCGCCUUUACAGAGGAGCUUCUUUCGAUGGAGAAGAAGGAGGACGGUAACGUCGGUUCAGGCGACAGGAACCGUGCGGGCCCAAGCACGGUCGCGGGCACUUCAACAGCUGUCGCGACGGCAAAGACCAUGAACGCACGUGAGCGAGGGAGAGAGAAACGCAAGGAAAAGAAACGCAAAGAGCAUCUCCAGAACGCCAACGGGCACGCCGCUCCUCGCCCUCCUCACGAACCAGGCCCAUCCAGCAAGCCCUCACCGUCCGAUCAGUCACCGGCUCGUGUUACCGAAACGCUUCCAGGGCCCUCAACGCCUUCUACCGCAGAUACCCGCGACGCAUCCAUGACCGUUACCCCCGCUUCCUGCCCGACCUCCAUGGGACCCCAGCCCUCGUCCUCGACUUCAAAUGCAAACAACGAGAUUGCUGAUAACACUUCAUCUCCACCACCGCAAGUUGGCAGUGAACUUGAAGUCCCCAGUCCUCCCAUUGUCGAACCACCUGCAAGCCCGGAAACAAUGAAGUCUCACUCCCCUCCCCUGUCCCCGCGAAAGACUCACACUUCCGAGCACCAGCCCGAAUCUUUCUCUCCCGGAACGCCCGAACGUCGGGACAGCCACAGUUCAUCACGCUCACGCUCCUACUCGAUCAUUCCGGAUCCAUCAUACCUUCCUCCGCAUCACCACGACUCGAACAACAAAAAGAAGAAGCGCAAGCCGAAGAGCCGUCAAGCUUCAGCUCAGCAGCAGCCGCAACCGCAGCCGCCGCAAUCGCAGCAGAAGCCAUCGACCACCGCUCAGGCCACUCCGAUGUCGCGCAUAGUCACUACUUCUUCUGAGGACGCACCACGGACAGACGCACCGCGGACCCCUCGAACCCCUAUGAUUCCGAUCAUGUCCCCCGACGUUGCUCGACGACGAAUCAGGGCCAGCGGUGUCGAGCUUCCGCCCGAGGUUGAGGUUCUCCUCGACAGCCACGAGCACACCAUCGACUCACUGCGAGCCGAGAUUGGCCGCGCAACGGCAGAGGAGUGCAAAGCUCGCGACGAUGAGGUUCGCGCGCGCGAGGAGCUCAGGCGAUCACGAGCGACAGAGGACCGGAUGCGCUCAGACUACGAGCGCGCGCGUAAGAUGCGGGAUCGUGCCGAGCAGGAAGCUCGUCGCAUGGAGGGAGAGGUGCAGAUGAUCUGGAACCGCUUUGAAACGUUGUCUCACAUGUAUCAGGCCGUUUGCCAACGGCUACGCGAGGUCGAGGCGGCACAGCAAAGCGACGGUACCUCCCCGACCGGUCCGACCACUCCGGCCCCGCCGCAGCUCCAGCCUUUGAUGGCUUUUGCGAAUGGUAUCCCAGGAACGCCAGGCGUGAUUCUGCCGUACCACAUGGUUCCGUCACCACUGACGCCGCUCGGCUUUGGCAUGCCGCCAACAAUGUACCGACGAGGCGACAGCGCUAGCAGCGAGAUGCUCGCCGGGCCGUUAACGCCUGGUCACCAGCCGUCAACGCCCUCGGGCACAUCAUCGCCGUACCCAUCCGACCUGUCCCUCAACCCGGGGUCGAGGACGCAUACCGAGUCGGGAUCCAUGACGACGGCGGAGCUGCGGCGCAUCAGCAUUGCCUCGUCAGUGCUCAAGAAGAAGAAGCCGUCACCGUCCGAGAGCGGCGAGUCGAGCGCGCCGUCGGCAGCCGCGACCUCAUCAGACGACAAGUCGAGCAGCGGCGUCGAGGGUCUCGGCAUUCGCGCCUUCAGGGAUGUGUCGUCGACCUUCCCGUCCGCAAUCACAAUGACGCCAGCGAAGAAGCACUCGACCGACUCUGUCGACUGCUCGACGGCGUCCUCGUCCCCGCCAGCUGAGCGGCACAUCUUAAUCACGCCCUCCGAGUCUGAGCACAACGGGGACCACUCGCCGAAGAGCAUGAGCCCGCUGCUGAACGGCCGCGCGAUGCUCGACGGAGAGCCAGAGGUGACGCCAAAGCAGCUCGUGGACGAGCCCAAGUCUCUGGCCGAGCCCAUGUUUGCUUCUCUGGCGCACACGCCGGAGCAGCUAGCGGAGAUUGCGCGUAUGCGCCAGUCGGCCAUCCGGGACCGGGAGCGCAAAUCGCGCGCAGCCAGCGUCGAAGUCAAGGUCAACAAUAGCGUCAACGAAACGGCCAAUGCCAACGACAAGUAA